GGUAUUUCACGCACCUGCUAAAAUGAGAUCGCUAACCGGAAGUCGGCCAUUUUGAAGGCCCAAAUGGAAUUUCCAUGAGUCAUAUGAAUCAGCUGAUAAUAUUUUAUUUGUUUACAACAGUUUACACGCGAUAAUCAGAUAAUGGCAAGUGAUAAAAAAGCUUUGACAGCUAUACUUUCAUAUCGUGAUGGAUUGAGUGGAACAGAAUUAAAUCGUUACGAUGACAAGAUAAACUUGCUCGGGGGUACUGAUCCUUAUCAGAUAUCAAAGUGGUCGAGUGAUGUUUCAUUAUUACCAACAGUAACAUAUAUUGACAUUGUAAAUUACCUUCUUUGGACACCUAGUGCUUACACUAAAGAAGAUUUAAAAAGCUAUAAAGGUUUAGAAGCAUAUAACCAGUUUGUGAACGGCUGGGUGAGGGAAAAGUCAGUAGCUGAGUGCAAUGGAUACAUAGUUGUGAUAGCCAAGGUCCUUCAUUCCCAACGUUUAAGUGAGAAGCCAUUGCGACCAUGGGUUGUAGCAGAAAAGUCUGGGACAGUGGCUGCUGCUCAUUGUAAUUGUAUGGCAGGACUAGGAGAGGCAUGUACACAUAUAGCCGCACUGCUUUUCGCCAUAGAUGCAACUGUACGCAUAAGGGACUCUAAAACUGUAACUGAUGAAAAGGCAUAUUGGUUGUUGCCAUCCGAUAUGAAAAAAGUAAGUUAUGAGCCUUUAAAGAACAUUGACUUCACUUCAGCAGCAACAGCUAAACGUAAGUUUGAGCAGUCCCUGGAUGCUAUAUCCAGUCCAGGCACUGUAUGUCAGACGCCAAAGUUGCCUAGAGAAGACCGCACACCAGAGGCUACUGAUGAAGACAUGGACAUUUUCUAUAGAAAAUUAGCUAAAUGUAACCCCACUUCUGCCAUCUUAUCAAUAGUUGAGCCACAUUGUGAAAAAUUUAUACCAAAGGCAAUAAGUGAAGACUUCCCCAAAGUAUUGACUGAACUAAAAGAUGACAAUUGUAUGACCAUGACCCACAUUGAACUGAAAAAACAUUGUGCCCCUUUAAUGAAUGCAAUAACAUGUGAUGCUCAACAGAAGGAUGCUGUUGAAAAUGUAACACGUGAACAGUCUCUAUCCAAAUUCUGGAAUACGUUCCGUGCUGGACGGGUAACAGCAUCACAGGCAAAGGCUGUGUGUACAAGUGACCCAAAUGACCCUUCUUCCUCCUUGAUCAAAAGAAUCUGCUACCCUGGGACUAACACCUUUAAAAAUCAAGCAACAAAGUGGGGAAAUGAUAAUGAAAAAAACGCAUUAAAGGCUUUCAAUAAGCUCAUGAUGGAAAGCCAUGAAAAUGUAUGUUUAGAAAGUUCAGGAUUCAUAAUUUCUACUAAAUUCCCAUUUAUAGGAGCAUCGCCAGAUGGUGUUUUUUCAUGUGACUGCUGUGGAAAAGCAACUGUAGAGGUAAAGUGUCCAUUUAAUCUUAGGAAUGAGGGUCUUGACAAGUGUGACUACUUGGUAACUGAUGACAGUGGUGAUAAAUGUUUGAAAACAAACCAUCAAUAUUAUUACCAAAUACAAACUCAAUUGGGCUGUUCAAAUCUCGAAUUUGGCUAUUUCAUUGUGUGGACAGAAAAUGAUAUCCAUGUUGAACAGAUCAUGUUUGACCAGGUUGUUUGGGAAAAAAUAACGUUUAGCGCCAAAAAUAUCUUCAAUGUGGGAAUCCUUCCGGAACUUGUAGGAAAAUAUUACACACGUUUUCCUACUUUAAGUCAGACAUUGAAACCAACAGCCUCUUGUAGCACACCACCAAAAUCAGUUCUUUCAGCGGUUUGUUCAAACAGCAGUCGGGACGAUCAGUCCAAUGAAUCCAAAGAACUAUACUGCUUUUGCCAGAAAGAAGCUUACGGAAAAAUGAUUGCCUGCGACAAUCAGAACUGCAACAAUGAAUGGUUUCACUAUCAGUGUGUGGGAAUUAAGCGUAAACCUCGUGGUGACUGGUAUUGCAAGGAAUGCAAAUGUUAAUUGAUUCUUGAAAGUUAUGGAAACCUGAACUUAAGGAGAACAAGAAGCAACUAUGAUAUUUACAUUUCUUUAAUCAUGAUAUGAAAUAAUCAUAUUAUUGAUGUCACAUUGAGAAAGAGAAAAGUGAAUAAUAUGACACUGGAUGAAUAA